UGAUUGAUUCCCAUUUUCGCCUGAGCUUCUUAGUACACUCAAACCCUCCACUCUGCUAUUACCAUUCACGACCACCAUGCCUGAAGCUGACCCGAAAAGCCAUUCCUCUUCUCCUGCUCCUUCUUCGUCUUCUUCAAAUGGGGUACCCUCUGAAAUCAGAAGUGGCCAUUCCAACAAUCACGGUUCAAACCAGUUCUCGGGCCACAAGGCUCAUUAUCCGAACCCACCUGAUGCUGUGAAUCCGGACGCUGCUACUCUCAGAGAUCAAUGGAGGUAUGCCAUUAAACAAUACAGUAGAUGGUACUCUCAUGCUUGGGGCACUGCUAUUCUUGCUGGGGCCGCCUUCUUUGCCCUUGGAUGGGUCAUCAAAGGCGGGAAUCCCUUACCCUCUUUCCGCGCUGAGGAAUCUUCGCCUACAUCUUCCUCUGAUUCGGAGAAACCUCGCUAGUAAUGAAAAGGUGGUUUAGCAACAUUGUUUAUUGGCAUACUCCUAGUGCAGCCCAAAUAUUUCAAGACAUUAUGCCCAUACAUUAAGAAGACAAGUUAUGCUGGCGCUGAUAUUGUAUUUGUGCUGAUGAUUGAUUUUACUAUCUACACUUUUGAGGGAACGAGUUGAGUGCCUAAUUUCAUUCCGCCACUCGCAUUUAACAGGAAUGAUACUUUACAAAAUUUUUGAACAUGCCUGGUUCACAUGUUCGAAGACAUUGGUUUUUAUGUCUUAUGACCACUUGAGCAAACUUUUUUGUUCUGUUAAUUAUAAUUACGAUAUCAGAAAUUAAAGUUACUCAUCAAUCCUUGAUGAGCAAGAUUACUAAUGAA